AUUUUUUUGUAACGAUACAAAAUAACGACGUCGUGCGUCAUGACUUCAUUCUUGGAAAGACUCUUGGAUUGACAACUCGGGAGGUUCUUUGUUCUUGAAUUGUGAUUGGUCGAGACGGAAUCGACUACAAACAGCUGAUUGGUCAGUAUGGGAGCGGACACGCCUCUUUAUCGAACUGACAGUUAUGACGGAGAUGUUAUUUAACCGGCUCCUUUACGCGAAUGUCCUUAAAGCACGCAGACCGCGGAGAGAAACAGUUCGAAGGAAAGAAGUUUGAGCUGUUUUUAUCUUUCUGAACUAAAGUUAGUACGCUCGGUGUGUGUUUAUUUCUGGCGGUAGGCGGGCAUUUAACCCCGGUGUGUGUAGGAAGUUCGUUCCGGUCGUGUUGUUUAUAAAUGUAGCACUCACUCCAUUUUGAUUUGUCGACAUCCUGUCCAUCAUGUUUCCGCUGGACUCGUCCUGGAAUAUUUCAUUCGCAGGUUGUGGGUUUCUCGGGGUUUAUCAUGUUGGAGUGGCGAGCUGCCUGCAGCAACACGCGCCUUUCCUCACUGAAAAUGCCCAGCACAUCUACGGAGCCUCUGCGGGAGCGCUGACUGCCACCACGCUGGUUACUGGGGCUUGUCUGGGAGAGGCAGGUGCCAGGACCAUCGAUGUUGCAAAGGAAGCAAGGAAGCGGUUUCUAGGGCCAGUGCACCCUUCAUUUAACCUGGUGAAGCUAAUGCGGCACAUGAUGGGCCGGGUACUGCCGCAUGACGCGUACAUCAAGGCCACAGGCCGACUGGGCAUCUCUCUCACCCGCGUCACAGACGGAGAGAACGUGAUCGUGUCUCAAUUCAACAGCAAUGAGGAACUGGUGCAAGCGUGCGUAUGCAGUGCCUUUAUUCCCGUGUACUCUGGCCUUAUACCUCCCACCCUGCAGGGAGUGCGUUACGUGGACGGAGGGAUCAGCGAUAAUUUGCCUCAGUACGCGCUGAAGAACACCAUCACGGUAUCUCCGUUCUCAGGCGAGAGUGAUAUCUGCCCCCGAGAUUCCAGCUCCACCAACAUACACGAGCUCAGAUUUACCAACACCUCUAUACAGUUCACACUCUCCAACCUGUAUAGAGUCUCCAGAGCGCUGUUCCCUCCGGAUCCACAGGUGUUGGAGACAAUGUGCCGGCAAGGAUACAAGGAUGCAUUGUAUUUCCUAAAGAAAAAUGGCCUGUCACAGUUCCAGCACCCCCCGCGCCCGCUGAGUAGCGGUGGCAUGAGGGUUGCGGAAGACUCCGAGAAUGAGAACGAGGUUGACCAAAGGCAGAGCAGAGAACGAGACAUGAUGCCUGGCACUCAAUCGAGUGUAGAGGAACAUACAUUGGAGUAUUUACCUCCACAGCUGCAUAGGGCUCUCAUGGAGGCCUGUUCAGAAAGACGACAUCCUUUGCAGUCUCUAAGCGACAUGCUACCAGUCAGGAUGCUGUCGGCCAUCUUAGGGCCUUGCACGCUGCCGGUGGAGUCCGCGCUUUCACUGAGUAUCAGGUUGUUGGAGUGGCUGCCUGAUGUCCAGGAGGAUGUGGGUUGGAUUAAAGAUCAGACUGUGAAGCUACUGAGUCAUGUUCUGAGGAGGAAUGUGCCCCAACAGCUGGUAGCACGAUUGUCUUAUCAUUUGGAUUUGAGGCAUGCUCAGUCUGCGCCAGCAAGUUUCAGUGCUGCCAAUCUGCUGCCAGGCUGGGUGUGUAGACGCAGCUCGUCUGUAUUGGAUGCUAUCCAGCGUUUGGAGCAGUACCAGCGCCAGCUCCUGCCAGGCUUCUUCUGCAUUAACCUAAAUCUACACGGCUCCUUCAGUGCUGGAUGUCCCCGACCUACCACUCCCCCUUUUCCACCAAUCCAUGAAGACCUGGAUGAAGGUUUGACUAUGCGUCCCGUGGGGUCCGCUAACGCCGCCUUUCUUCCACAAAACAAUCAAACGGAGGACCAUCGGUCAUGUGAUCACCAUGAACCCCAGGCAUUCUGAGAGAACUAAUAAUUCCAACAUACUCGAUGCAAGAGGAAAAAAAAAAAAGUAUCUUAACAAGGAAGGUACAAAUAUCCUAAAAGGAUGUUUGAGGAAGAUGUUGGUUAUUUAUUUAAUAAACUCAUCAAGAUGAACUUGAUCCUCUAUGACUUUUACAGAAUACCAUCAGGAACGAUUGUUUUGCCGUAUUCGCGUUCUUAAUCUUCUUGUGUUUCAUUAUAAGCUUGUUGUUCAUUUUAGUUCUUUGCAGAAACGAUGUCGGGUGUCCGGAAAACAUGGCCGACGCCUUUAAAUUAAACAAAAGCACUUUUUUUAAAAAUUAUUUUUAAUUUGGGGGUUGGCAUCAGCUUGUCCUGGGGUAGCUGAUAAUUUCAUUCCCACACUGUGAAAACAAAUCAUCUACCUGAUACUAAUGAUGAUCAUUGUAAAUCAAACCUUAGAGACCAGGUAGUGGUGGGAGGGAUUUUUUUUAAAAACAACAGUAUUACAAAAAAACAAAAAAAAAAGAUUUAUUUGAUUUAUUAUUAAUAUAUAACUUCUUGCAAAGUUAUACAAAUGCACACGCAGCCAUGACUUUUCAAACUCCUUAAGUCUGUUUGUUUGUUUGUUUGUUUGUUUGUUUGUUUUUUGCUUCCCUUUCAUAGAUUUCUAUAGGCUUAUUUUUGUUUUCUUGAAUGGGGGGGGAACCCCCCAAGUUCAUUGGAGUGAUGUACUCGCUGUGUUUUGAUGAAACUGAAAGUUAUAUUUUGAUCAACGUUUCAAAAUAGGGUUCAAACUAUGCGUGCUUCUUACCUAGACGUGCCUGCACAGCUUCAGUCAGAUCACACAUUCCUCAACCCGAGCUCUUUAUUGCAAUCAGUCUGAAGAUGUAUUUGAGAGAACGUCCAUCACCCUUGUCGUUUUUUUCUUUACUAUUCCUUUCUCUGAUGCUUUUGCUUCUGGCUGAUGAGACCUUUGCAAGACUUGAAUAGGCAGGAAAAUCAUGUCAGAUUAAGCUGCAUGAGCAUUCCAUCAAUUGGACAGCAGUUUUUCCCCACCACACACAAGUGAUACAUUGGUGCUGUGCCCAAUUAUAUUGAUCACCGCCCAAGUAUAUUUCUGUCCCUUAAUCAAAAAAACACUCAAUAAAUAUCACGACAAAAAAGCAAGUAUAGAAAUAGUGAGUGUAAUAAUUAUAACAUUAAUGUUCAUAUUAUGUUAAACUACUAUUGCAAUCAUCAGUGGGAAUAUUUGUAAGAUAUUGUCAGCUGGAGGAGUCUAACUGACAGGGGACGCAGGUAUAGAAUGAGCUGAGAGGCUCAUAGUGUGUGUGUGUGUGUGUGUGUGUGUGUGUGUGUUACAGUAUCUCACAAAAGUGAGUACACCCCUGACAUUUUUGUAAAUAUUUGAUUAUAUCUUUUCAUGUGACAACACUGAAGAAAUGACACUUUGCUACAAUGUAAAGUAGUGAGUGUACAGCUUGUGUAACAGUGUAAAUUUGCUGUCCCCUCAAAAUAACUCAACACACAGCCAUUAAUGUCUAAACCGCUGGCAACAAAAGUGAGUACACCCCUAAGUGAAAAUGUCCAAAUUGGGCCCAGAGUGUCAAUAUUUUGUGUGGCCACCAUUAUUUUCCAGCACUGCCUUAACCCUCUUGGGCAUGGAGUUCACCAGAGCUUCACAGGUUGCCACUGGAGUCCUCAUCCACUCCUCCAUGACGACAUCACGGAGCUGGUGGAUGUUAGAGACCUAAUGCUCCUCCACCUUCCGUUUGAGGAUGCCCCACAGAUGCUCAAUAGGGUUUAGGUCUGGAGGCAUGCUUGGCCAGUCCAUCACCUUCACCCUCAGCUUCUUUGAGAAACUGAUAAGGAGAGAGAGAGAGAAAGUAGACGUGAGCCUUUGGAAUGAGCACGACUAUUUCAUUACAAAAGUUGUCCAAUGUAGACCUUCCUAUUUUGGAAAACAAACCAUAGGUUCCCUUAAAGGUGCAUUAAGUAAAAGUUACUGGUUAAGUAGAUGGGUUUGACGUUUGAAUGAUAUAUUUUUUUCCCUCCGCCUCAUUCCCACCCACAUUCAUGAAGCUCCACCCCGAGGAUCUCCUCUGACCCAUAGAGUACAGUGUGUAUAAAAUGACUGACAGGAGGCGCAUCCAAAAACAAACGAGCAAAGUCAAUUUUCCAAACAGUUUUUCUCAGUCACUUAAUACGCUCGUGCUGAGGCCGUUGCUUAAACCGUUACAUUUAAAAUCACGUUCUAUAUUUUCCAGAUUAUUUGUACAAGCGUGAAAUAUAAACAACUGGCACUAGUGCACCUUUAAAGAGGGUUUAAAGGGAAUGUGUUGAGUAAGAUAUCAAGAGAGUAUUAUGUUGGAGGAUGUUGAGUUGUAAUGAUUGGUCGCUGAUGGGUUGUGAAAACGUGCCACUUCAAUGCAAUGUAAUGUAGCAUGUAUUGUCAGUGUAAUUCCCUGUUUCUGUUCAUUUUAUAUCAAAUAGAUGAUACUCAUGGUUUACUUUUUUUAGCACAGUAUGACUGUAGUGUCACUCUUUGUGCUAGAAGUUAAUAAAAUGAAUUAUAAAUGAAACAUGAAUAAUUAAACAGCUGUGCGGUAGUACACAGGAAACAGUAUAAACAUAUAGCUAGCGCAACGAAGACCCUGGUGGAUGAACUGUAUCACAGUUAUAUGAGUGAAUUUAAGAUUAAAACAUUUUACUUGAAAGUUUUUCAUCACUACCACUGAAUGAAAAGAGUGAACUUUUAUUUUUUUAUUGUUUUGCACUGUGGACACUUUUAUAUAUAAUAUAUACGCUGUACUGUGCAAAAAUCUUAGGCACCCCUCUUUUUUUUUUUUUUGUACAAACAAUGUUAUAGAUUUUUAUUUUAUGACUUCUACAUUAUUGAGUCAGGACAGAAACAUUUCCAAACAAAUGUUACAGAAAAAAUGUUUGUAUGUCAGGAAAUAAAGCAGAUGAAGUAAAACAAAAAAAAA